AGGGGAUGACGAACUGCCGCUGCUACUCGCCGUCGCCGUCGCCGUCGACUCCUCGUCGCCGGCGUCCCCAAACCAAGCAAAAUGCCAUCUCCGUCUCUCCUCCUCCACCACCACCACCACCGCCUCUCCCCUCGCUUCGCCCCCUCCCGCUCCCCCUCCCCCCGAACCCUAUCGCUGCAUCCUGCUCCUCGCCUCCGCCUCCGCCUCCGGCUUCGCGCCAGCGCCCGCGGCGGCGGGGGCAGCACACGGGACCACGAUGACGGCGCGCGGUCCAUCCCGAUAGCGCGGUGCUACGAGGCAGCCCUCGCGCGCCUCGACCUCUCGGGAACCGCGCGGCGGGAGCAGGCGGUCGCGGCGGCGGCGGCGGCCGAUGGAGGCGCGGCUGCCGAGGCUCACCUCGCCGCUGUCGCCGACGCCAUGGUCAUGGAGGCCUUCCUCCCUGGACCCGACGGCGCCCGGCGCAGCGCCAUGUCCACACGGCUGAUUUUGCAAGCAAAUGAAGUUACAGAGAAGGCCAGUAAGCUAAAGAAAGACCUUGGCACUGAAUUUUUCUCUGAAAACGAACCUGAUGCAGAGAGUGUUUUGGCAAUGGCCUUUAAGCAAGUUGUAAUGGAUCAGCUCACAAACUUUCGGCUUGAAGUGUUCUCCCCAGGUUCAGAGAUAGAUCUCCAAGAUUUGAGCAAACCCCGAAAGGUGCCUGCGGAUUUUAGUAUCAGAUCAUCAGAUGAAAAACUUCUAGCUGCUCUUGCGGAAGCCAUUUUCUCCUGUGUCAUUGAGGAUGCCAGAAAUAAUUACCUAGGGGGCACUGGUGGUUUGUUUCAUAAGUGGAAGUCAAACUGCUCAUUGGAUUCCUCUGUUUGCAUAGACAUAAUUUCUGAGUCAGAAGUAGUGAACAGUGCUAGGAGGCGCUUAGAUAGUUUUGAUCUUGUACAGUCUUCUCAUGUAGCGGGUAAAGCAAAGAAUGGAUGGUGGCCAGCUCCAAAGUCUGAAAGGUUAGUGAAGAUUGGUGGCCCUGAUUUUAUGCUUUGGGCCAGUGAGUUUGUGUACACAUAUAAACUACAAAUUGAUGCCAAAGCAUUCAAGAAUACAAAGCUUGGGGGUCAUCAUGUGUUAGCAAAUAAUAAGGGGGAAGUUCUCUUAUCCCACGCCCAAAUGGUGGAGUUAGCAAAUAUUCUGGACAUGUAUUUUGAAGAUCAGUUCACAUUACCUGGAAAAACCUUCUAUUCCAACUGGAAUUCAGAACCAUCAAAGAUUAAAAAGAACAAUGGUUAUUUGAACAACCUUUUUGCUUUGUUGGCUGGUAGCUCUAUUGUUUUUCUUGUCGGCGCCAUUGCUCAGUUAUGCUGGCCUCAGUCUCUUAAAGAUAAAAGAUUGGCCACUGUUAGUUCAUGUGUCUCAUCAUCACAGAGCUAUUGUUCUGAUAUCCACUCUCUAGAUAGUAGUGAGUUGCAGGCUUACUGUGUAUCUGUUGUUGAGAAAAUUAAAGACUCAUUUGGUUGUACUGGUGAUCUAAUGGUUGAUGCAAAUAUUGGUGCUUGGGUUGGAGAACUGCCUGAAUUCUUCAAGGGCAUCAACUGUGACAGUCAUGAUGAUUAUGUCGAUAUUCAGAGUACUGGUGCUAUUAGCCAAGGAGAGCAACCCUCAUUGGUGUCAAGUCCUAUUAAGAUGUCUUCUCAUCUGGAACAAAAUGAUGACACUCAAGAAACUCUGCAGAAUAUUGCUAGUUUUCAGGUGGUCAUGUCAGAAAGAGGUAAAGUAGUUGGAUUUCAGCCAACAAACCGCCUAGCUGUGAAUCAUUGGGCAACAAAUCCAUUAACGAAGCUCCUGUACGAGGGGCGAAAGAUCUCUCCAGCCUUUCUGGAGCCUAGGCUUAGAAUUUCUCGCCCAGCUAAGGUUGUCCCAGUUGAGUUGCUGAUGUCGGUGAAUCCAGAAUCCUUUUUUGCUUUGGUGAGGCCUGUUCAAGAUCCAUGCUAAUGGAGAAGAACUGCAAGUAGGUGUUGCAAGCUAUGGACCAUGAAUCAUUGCAGCACAGGCUCUCACGUUGGGGUUCUCUAUGUGGUUAAAGCAUGGUUGAAUCGAUCCACAUGUAGAAGUUAUCAGUUAUUACUUCUUAAUGACUCCAAUCCAGAUGACACAAUGGAGUCCCUUUGUGGAAUAUCAGCACCAUGCCAGAUUGCAAUACAGCUAUUCGUGACGAUAUGCUGUCUGUUCUGCUCAUGUUGGAGUUUAUCAUCGGUUUUCUGUUUCUGAAGUCUCAGGUUAUGCUUACCGAACUUCUGGCAGUGGCCUCGUCAUACCCGGAACCUGCUGAUGCAAAACUCACACCCCUCCUGAGCUGUCCUGACCUCAACCUUGGGUCGCGGAAUCCUGGAAUACUCCUCGCUAUACCUAGUUUUUCCGCUGCAUAACCACAAAGCUUAUCCUCAAAUAUCCCUACUGAACAAUGGUGAACACCACUACUAACUCAGGUCACCUUCUAAAUCAAAGCACAUCUGCUCAACUCUGAAAUACUUGUGUAAAUGGAGAUGCAAGGCAAUGGGUGUAUUUGUGUCUGUACCGAGUAUGUCCGUGAUGAGCCGGCCGUUGCUGAACCGGCCGGUGGGCCUGCCGCCGAGGAAGUCGGCGCCGUACGGCAAGAAGUUGGCCUUCAUCGCCGUCUGCAGCCGGUUGUUGUUGCCGGGAUCCACCGUCGAGUCACCGAACACCAGCAUGGUGGUACACCCGGUGGUGGUGUAGUUGAUCACCCUCGCCGGCGGUGGCGGCACUGAAGACCAGCCCGGCUCCUGCGGCGGCACCACCGUCCGCGGCGGCGCCGGCUCCCUCCUUGGUGGCAAUGGAGACUGCCACGGCUGCUGCUGCUGCUGGGGCGGCGUUGGUGGUGCUGGCUCCGGCGUGUCAGGCUCCUGUGAUGGCGGGGAAUCCGGCAGCGGCGGCUCCGGCGAAUCGGAAUACCCCGGCGACGGUGGUGACACCGGGAGCCCAGGCAUGGGCGGGUCGUCGUAUUGGUCGUCCGGUGGCUGUGGCGGUGACAGCUGCGCCGCUGCCAUUGUUAUCAGGGAGAAGUGCCAUGCGACGAGGAGCAGCGCCGCCGCAGCCACCGCCAGCCUCCUCAUGGACUUGCUGCGUUGCUUUGCUCAGUUCAGUUAUGUGCUAGCUUGUCAAGGUCCAAAGACAAGAGUGCAUGCAUGUAUAAAUAAAUGCUCAGCUAAGUAAAACUGCCGUUGCCUGUCAA